AUGGACACAAAGUUGGAAAAGCUUCUGAAGCAGAAUUUAGGUAAUAAUGGGGAACUCAAGGUGCAGAAGGAUUUGGUCGACGCUUUGGUGGAAUUUGUCAGAGAAAACUGUUGUAAUGAGUUGGAGACAUUGUCGCAAAGGUAUUAUAACGAAGAUAAUAUAUUUUUGGUUUAAAUAUUACGUCGACAUGAAAGUAGAAAGACUAUUUUAAGUUUAGAUUGACAAUUAGAAGCGCUAAUAUAACCCUGUUAAUUUUUAGUUCCUUGAACUUGGAAAUAUAUCAUUCAAUACUCUUCAGGAGGCUGAGUUAUGUAACGAAACAUAUAAAAAAUUUUUUUCUAGGAUAAAUCUGAGGUCAAAGUCGAUAUCGACUUCUGGAGUGGCAUCAUGGUCACUCUACAAUCACAGUACGAACGAUGACACUGUGUUGAUCCAUAGAAAGAUUAAAAGUCUGUGUGAUGUCGCUGUUAUGGAGCCGGAAUUCAAACGAAUCAAGUGAGUCCCAAUAUCUUUUAGAAUCUAAGAGUUUUGUCAAUGAGGACGUUAAGAUUGGCAGUAUGUAAUAUUAUGAUCUCAUUUACUGCAAAAAAUUGCAGCCUAUAUACCGUAACAGCUAAUUCAGAUCCCGUAUCCUCCGAGUAUGUCACAAAGUAGCGUCAACUCAGAAUCGACGAUCAGCUUCAGAAACUCGAACAACUUAUUCAUCGACAGCUGGUUCUUCUGACACUAUUCUGGCCACAAGUGUACUCUCUUUUGGCCAAAGCAUAAAAUCCAUCGAUGGACGAGAACUGGAUCACCUAGUUGGUGUUCUACAUUCUGAUGUUGAUGUCAAGGCAAAGUAAGUUUUUUAGUUUAUUGUGUAUGCUAUCGAUAUGUAAAAGUUUGUUAACUGGACUUAAUUUAACUUAUGGUAUAACUUAUGGUGCUAUAUUGUGGUAGGUCGUGAUUGAGAAAUUACGUUGUUGUAAGUUGUAAUUGAGGAUGCUUUAGGAAGUCUGCGAUAAACAGUUUGAUGACAAUGUCAUCUUUUGGUAUGGUGCGGUCUAGAGCAUUGGCUGGGCUGUUUAAUGCUCUCAAUGUGUUGAUACCUCAACAAGAGUUAUUUGAAGUGUCAAUGGAGUUAUUACUCAAACUAUUAGCUUCAAAUGACUUUAGACCUUGGACAUUUGUCAUGGAAAAUAUCUGUGGAAUAUACGAAGUUGUGGAUGACAGGUUUGACAGCACUAGCGUGGAGUACUAUCAGUUUGCGGACUUUUGUUAUCAGGUAGAAGUGAAUUUAACGUCUAAGUAGUUUCGUGGCUUUUUGGUUUGUUUUAGUCUAUUUAAAGAUAAUUAGUUAAUUUAUAUGGUAAUGUUAUGUCAUCAAGAGUAAUAUCAAGCCAUUUUAGUUACUAUCUCAAUCUUCUUCAUUCUACCGCAGUUUUCCUUUGGAUUCGCGUCAGAAGGUGAUACCAAAUCUCUUCAAGCUCUUACUCAUAUCAUCCAAAUUUUCAUCAGCAAAUCUCUUAUCAGUCUACAGUAUUCUAGACAUUGAUGCUACCUUCAUGAAGAUACGACUAUUAAGUUUCUCGGAUCGACAAGUCUUUCUCAACUCAAUGCCAGAAUUAAUUGACACUUUUUCGACCUUUGUCAAUUUGAAUAUCAGACAGAAAUGUUUUUUGUUUUGUUUUUACAAUCGCUUGAUAUGUUACCAUGACUUGGUACAACGACUGGACAUGGAUAAGAUGGUGGAUAGUGUAAGAUUGUUGCUGGUGGAGUUAUUUUGCGACAAGAAGGUGAACAAGGAUAUCAGGAAAACUGCUGGGAAAGUGCUUCUACAAGCUAGUAAUGUAAGUUUUUGGGAAGGCUGUUACGGACGCAGCUUGGGAAGCGUUUGCGCAGGCUGCACCUAAUUUAUUUUAAAUUCACAGGAUAUUUUACGACAAAAAAAAGUUUCAGCUAUUUACCACCGUAUAUUUUUUACAUUUUCAAUUAUUUUUCAAAUUUUGGUUGGCUUUAUAUUGUUAUUUAAAUUAUCGUUACAUGUAACAUAAUGUAGUUUUAGUCAGAAUCCGGAGCAUCUUUCUACUACACCAACUUGCUGAUUGAGCUUUUGUCAAUUCGAACCUAUUUGGCAUUACAAGCUUUGCUAAAUAUUGUCAAACUAACUGAACUGUCGCUCGAUUUGGAUUCAGAAAAUCAGCAAGUUCUCGUCAACUUCAUACGACGAUGUUUACAACGAAGGCAAACUACAGUAUUUACAUUGAUAAUGGAAGCGAUACUGAUGUUAUACAGAAGAAAACCAGAGUUUGGAGUUAGUUUGAUGGUGGAAGUGGAUUCUGAUGAACGAUUGGAUCCGAAACACACCGUGCAUUCGAAGAUUCUGCUUCUGAGUGGGAGAUCUCAACGACUCUGGAGACAUUACAGUCACGUCUUUCUAGUUUCUAACUCGUUACAUCUGAUUUGUCAUCAAAUCGAGUUUUGUAAGUUUAGAGCAUGGUUGAGGGGAGAUGGGAAGGUUUUUGAUAUCUAUAUGAAUAUAUUAUAGUAGAUACAAGAAACAGCGCUGAGACUUAGAAAAGGGGAUUUAACUUUUAAACUUUAAAUUUCAAAAAAUUUUUUAAAUACAGAAUCCUUUUCAGCGUUGAUAGAAGACCGUCGAUUCGUAGCCAAAACCCUCGUCAACUUUCUGAGCCCAGACUCAAGUACUCCAAUCCAGCUGAAGGAGUAUGGGUCUUUGAUUCUAAUCAUUUUACUCGACUGUAACUUUGUGGUCGAUAUUCUUCGGUCGAUGGAUUUUGGGUUUUUGAUAGAUGAAAGGUUUAAAGCGCUGUAUUCGAAGCAGAAUUACUCGUUUUUAUACAAUUUGGCACUACUUUUGUACAAUCCGGAGAUACUGGUCGAAGUACGAAGACAGUUUUCUGUGUGGAACAGGGUGUUACAGGUAUGAUGUCUGUUCUAGCCUCUUGUGGUCUUGUCUUUUCUUACUGCUGUAAUCAGAGGUUCGAAAUUUAAAACUUCUUGCUCUGGCUCUGGCUCCGGCAAUUUUAAAAUUUAAGCCCCGGAGCCGAAGCUACUCCGGAGACGGAGUUCGAGCCGGCUUCAGAGCCUUUGGGAACUCUAGCUUUGAUUCUAUUUUACUUUCUUCCAUCUUAUGUUAUGAUACUUUACGGUACUAUACUGUAUCCUAUACUUCCCUGCCUUUCUUAGUACUAUAUUACUGUAACUUAUCUCUUUUAAAAAAUUUCAGUACGUUCAAACCAUUCACAAUCAAGGAGUAAAGUGCGACGAAUCUACGGAUAUUGUAAAACUACUGAUGACUCGUCUUUUAAUAGCGACACCCUCUGAAAUUCAAAAUUUUCAACUUUUUGCAUUAAAAAACCCUUCAAUUCAAGAAUUAUUUAUUCAGAAGUCGGAAGGAAUUAACGUCAUCUUUCCAAAAUUUGACUUUACUGAACUCCAGAAGCCGUUGUGGGAGAUAUUCAUGGAUUCUGAAGCGAAAAAGGAGUGGAGUUUGAAGGAGUUGCUCAGGAAUUAUAUUAAACAUCAUGAUGCUAAAAGGGACGUGGGUAAUGAGGUAAGGAAUCAAGGUAUGGACUAUGUAGGGAUAGAGAGGUAACAUAGGAUAGGAUAAUGUACAGAAAAGUGAGGCAAGUUAUUUAAGUGACGACAAGGCAAAAUUGGAUAAGUCAUUGAGGAAAAACGUUCUCCAGAGAUAUUGAUUGAAGUAAGAAUCUAUUUUUAGCCUUCCACCGUACCUGACUGGAUCCACCCCUUCCUAGACUACGGAGUUGGCCUUGGCAAAGAAAGAAGCCGACGUCGCUUAAUCUCUCGGCUUCAGUCGUUUUCCUUUCUUUCCGACCGGCCAGAUUACUUUGUAGUAGUACUACUAUUAACUACAGACUUUGACGUCGACUUGUGUAGCCAGCUACUGACUCGAAUCCCUGAAAGUCAGAUGUUUUGGCCGCGCAGUUUCAGUUCGAAUAGUUUAUUUUACGAAAAAUUUUCUCAAAUCACAUAUCGCUUUAUCAACUGUGCCUUGGGCGACCACGAGUAUAUUAACAUUGGUCUUGUGGUGGAUGAGCUGAAAGUGCCUUUGUUUCAUUUGAUCUCAAACUGGAUUGAGCGAUUUUUUAUUGGAAUGUUGUCGGUGGAACAGUUGGAACAGUUAAUCGGGUAUCAACUGGUACUGGGACACAAUUUUACGGUAAAUACGUUGGGUUGCUACAGUAGGGUAGAGUAGGGUAGGGUACUAUAGUAGAGUAGUGGUAAGCAAGAUACUAUACAUUAGAGUAUAAAAUGAAUACCUUACAUGUAUGUUUCAGGGUUAUCUAUGUGUAGUUAUACUCAAGUACAUAAUGGAAAGACUGUCGUUGAAUGAUAAGAAGAUUGAGGAUUUUAUGUUUCCAGAUUUAUCUGAAUUUGACCUACGAGAUUACUUGAUUGACUUCAAAAAACUGGACAGAAUCAGAAUUCAUAGUCAACAGUAA